AUGUCACGACAAUACCUCACGUGGGGCUCCGCAGACAAUGCGCACCCCGUGGACAUAUUCUCACUGGCGGUAACGGAUAAACAUGUUCUUUCUGCAUCGGGCGCGCCGUCUCUCAAGGUGCAUUCCAUCACAGAGGCAGACUUCCCGCUAGUUCAGUCAAUUGAAGAAGCUCACCCUCUGGGCUGCCACCAUGUGGUCACCAAUGGCAAUGGCUCUCGUGCCGUCAGUGCAGGCUUUGCAGGCGAUCUAAAAGUCUGGUCUUGCCAAGAAGGCCACUGGUCUCACGACGAGGCUUCUUCAGCCAGCCUAGCCAAAGUGAGAGUAUGGGCAGUGGCAUUGGCAGAUGACGGACAGUAUCUGGCCGGUGUCUCUCAAGAUGGCCGAAUUGGAGUAUGGGAUCUAGGUGACAACGGGACCCAAAUUCGAGACCAUGAAACCAAGGGUAGCUUUGGCACUUGUAUCGACCUGUCUCUCGAUGGCCGAUUCAUUGCCAGUGGACAUGAAAAUGGAGCUGUCUACAUUUUUAGCACCGAAACAGGCCGGAUGCCAUUCUCUCUGUCCGGCUUGGUAAAGCCAGUUCGAUCAGUGUCUUUCUCUCCCGGAGGGAAGAUUCUGGCCGCAGCUGGAGAUUCCAAUGUGAUUCUUCUUUAUGACACAUCCUCCGGGGAACAGAUUGGAAACCUCUCAGGCCAUGAUGGUUGGGUAUUGUCCCUUUCCUGGAGCCCAACUGGGGAGUACCUUCUCAGCAGCUCGUUCAAUGGCAAGGCCAAGGUCUGGUCCAUGGACACAAAACUGUGUGUUGCCACCCAAUCCUACUCCGAAAAGGCCUUAUGGAGCGCCAAGUGGCUGCCCAGUAACGGAAGAUCAGCAGCCUUUGUGACCGCCGGCGCAAGCCAAAACCUUGCUUUCUACCGCGAGGCUACUGGAGGUUGA